AUGAAGUUCUCCAUCCUCGCUACUACUCUUUUUGCCCAGAGCAUCGCCGCCAUGCCUUGGUACGCCGUCAAGGGAACAAAGGCCGAUGGUGAGGAGAUCACUGUUCGAAUUCAAGUCUCCGGAGCCCCCAACUACGGAUCGACCUCCAAGCCCUUCAAGGGGGUCAACACCUACCCGGUUUGCCUCAAGGUUUGCUGGCCCGAGGAGCCCAAGUGCCCUGAGGGAUGGGGGGAUGAUGACUACGCGUGUUGGACUUGCUGCCGCAAAGAACGUGACGAAGACCUUUAG